CUGAAUAUUAUGCUGAAGAGAGGAAUCUCUCUGCCAUUGAAUCAGUCCUGAUCAAGACUUGGAUCUGACGACAUGAUGCAUUCCCCCAGUCAUCUAUCCAAGGCCAACACCACCUUCGCUCUGGAUCUAUUCAGAAAGCUGAGUGAGGACGAUAAUACUUCAAAUAUCUUCUUCUCUCCGUUCAGCAUCUCUGCAGCGCUUGCUACGGUGAUGCUGGGAGCCAAAACAAAUACAGCCACACAGAUGUCAGAGUGCUUGAAGACCCAGGAUUGUCAGAAUGAUUUCCAUAUUCAGUUUGCCAAACUUCUGAAUGAGCUCAACCGUCCAGACACUCGGUUUCUUCUCAGUGUUGCCAACAGACUGUAUGGAGAGCAGUCCUACCAUUUUAUUCAGGAAUUCAUAACCCAAACCAAAACUCACUACCACUCAGAGCUAGAGUCUGUGGACUUCAAAACCUGCUGGGAUGAGGUCAGGGUCAAGAUCAACAGCUGGGUAGAGGAGCAGACACAAGGUAAAAUCAAAGAUAUUGUGAGUGAGGGCAUGGUGAACAACAACACCAAGAUGGUCUUGGUUAAUGCCAUCUACUUCAAAGGCAACUGGAAUAAAGCUUUCCCAAAAUCCAGCACCUGUAAGGCUGAGUUUAAACUCAAUAAGAAUGAGACAAGAUCUGUGCAGAUGAUGGAACAGAGCAGUAACUUCAACCUUGCCUUCAUUCCUGAAGUCAAGUGUCAGGUGUUGGAGAUGCCUUACAAAGGGAUGGAAAUGAGCAUGCUAAUCUUUUUACCUGAAGAAAUAGAAGAUGAUACAACAGGUCUAGAAAAGCUGGAGAGCCUCCUAACUUAUGAGAAAUUCCUGGAGUGGACUCAACCAGACGAUAUGGAAAGCUGUGAGAUUGAUGUAAGGCUGCCUCAAUUCAAGAUGGAGGAAACGUAUAACCUGAAUGAGGUCCUGCGCAGCUUGGGCAUGGUUGACGCUUUUGAAGAAUCAACGUGUGACUUCUCUGGAAUGUCAAGUAACAAGGGGCUCUUUUUGUCCAAAGUCUGCCACAAGGCUUUUGUAGAGGUGAAUGAGGAGGGUACAGAAGCUGCUGCUGCUACUGCUGGCAUUAUGGCAGAUUGUGCUUCCUUCUUCAACGCAGACCACCCCUUCCUCUUCUUCAUCCGCCAUAACCCCACCAUGUGCAUUCUCUUCGCUGGACGCUUCUGCUCCCCCUGAGUGAGAACUGUGUCCUUUGAAACUGUGACUCUUAACUGGAUGGAUGGAUGGAUGGAUGGAUGGAUGGAUGGAUGGAUGGAUGGAUGGAUGGAUGGAUGGAUGGAUGG